AUGCUGUUGGCGGUCGUGCUGAUGCGUUGCUCCGAGUUGUUGUCCGUGAUCGACAUUGGUGCCGCAGCAUCUGCAGGUGCGACGCCAUUGUGGAAGACAGCCGCAAGCCAAAAGAACUCCCCGAAGGAGGAGAGCCGCGCUCCGCCACGGCCUCCCUUGCGCGACUUCUCUGUGUCCAUGCCGCGGCUCUCGCUGUCGGACGUAGACUUGAACUUGUUGCCGCAGCAGGUGAAGGCUGCCCUUGACUUCCUUGUCCUUCUGAACCCAUGCGAUAUUGUGACCGAUGCUUUGGCUGCGCAGCAGCCAACCUUGCUUCCUCCGCAGCAGGAGGCCCAUCGCGGCAGGCGGACACUGGUUCUGGACUUGGAUGAGACUCUGGUGCAUUGCCACUGCCAGGCAGUUCCCAGCUUGGGGAGUGCCGACUUGGACUUGGAGCUCGAGUCCGGUGAGCCCAAGGCAGCCUUACCACCUGCAUACAUAGGCGCUGCAUACAUGCAAGCAUGCAUACAUACAUGCCGUAUGUAUGUACGUAUGUACAUAUCUGCGUACCUGCAUACUUGCAUGCGUACAUGGAUACACAUAUAUGUGUACAUACAGGCAUACGUCGACUUUGAGUCUCGAGAACUCGAGGGCUAA